AAACCAACAACUUCAGCCUCUACUCAUUCUGCUCAUACGAAGCAUUUUUCUUUCGCCAUGUCUAUCAACUACGUCACACAAGGACUUCCGGCCGCCCCAGAAAUUUCCAUCAAGACCGUUCAUAUGGCAGGUUUGCGUGUCGAUGUCUAUGGUCUUGAUGAACUUCCUCCCAAUGUCCCCGUUUCAUGCCUAUGGCUUCUGCACCCUCGUACCAGAUCUCGAGAAACUAUGAAUGAUAUUGCGAGACGCACCAUAGGAGCAUGGGGCGCGCAUGCUGGUAGCAACUCCAAGCGCGGCCUCAUCGCCUUGGCAUUUGAUAUGCCCAACCACGGAACUAGAAGGGUUAGCAUAUCAGCGAACCAUCCUUGGAGUAGGGGAAAUCCGACACAUGCGCUUGACAUGUUUGCCAUGGUAAAGGGAGGCGUAUUAGAUAUGAGUGGUCUUAUGGACCUUGUUUCGGGGUAUCUUGGUCUUGAAAUUGAUGGCCAUGUGUGCCUUGGCUGGAGUCUAGGUGGACAUGGUGCCUGGCAGGCCUUCUUUGGGGAGAAGAGGAUUGAUGCGGCUGUAGUGAUUAUUGGGUGUCCUGAUUUCACAGGACUUAUGUCUGGUCGCGCUGCUGGAUCGAAACUCGACUGCGGCGCUGAUUUUAUCGGAAGCAAAUACUUCCCCAAGGAUCUUAUUGAGAUUUGUAGCAAACACGACCCCAAGGCUAUUUGCUUCGGUACUGCGCCCAUCCCAUCUUCACUUUCCUCUGCCGAGCAGACUCGCCUGAGGGCUAUCCUGGAUGAGCGCGUUAAAGACAAGAAGCUACUCCUCUGCUCGGGCGGUGACGAUGAGUUGGUUCCAUACGCAAACACUAAGGAAUUUUCGACGUUAUUGAAGGAAGCCGUGGGUGAAAAGGGCUGGUAUCGCGAUGGUGGCUUGGAGGUGGAUGAUAGAGUAUAUGAGGGUAUUGGACAUAAGUUCAGUCCUAAGAUGGUGGAGGAUGCUGUGCAGUUCUUGGUUAAUGCCGUGGAAAAGGGGCCGAGAGGCAAGGCACAUGUUAGGGAGGGGGAGAAAAGUGUUCUGUAGAUUUGUGGUAUAGAUA